CCACAACACACACAACCCCCUUACACGUAACACUAAAACAACACAACAAAAAAAACAUCACAUAUCCUGCAGGAUACAAAUAAAAUCCAUAAAAAGUUAAUAAAAAACACGUACCACAAGAUAAAAAAUACACAAAAUAUGAGUAUAAGUGUGAAGACACUCAUGAAUGACAUUAUGGAACUGUUUCCGUUGCCAAGUAAACCUCCGGAAUAUUGCCACGAUGAAUUCCUCAAGAAAAUACUACCAAAAAGUACUCCAAUCCAGGUGAAAAAAGUCGGUGUUACGACAGAGACACCUAUAACAAAUAAUAACGUGGAAUAUAUUGAUGAUUUUGAUGCGAAGCUGUACAGAGUUGACUAUGCAGCUCGUGCCACAGUGUAUAUGAGUCGAAUGUCUACUGUCCACAAGUCGAGUCUUUCCCUGCGACAGCGAGACUCAAUAUUAAUAACAACAGAAAUGUUUAAAACUCGUUUCGCGAAUCUAAUUUCCGACUUUAGCAGCGUGUGCAUAAUAGUUCAGUUGUUGCAACUAAAGGAGUUUCUGCGUGUAAUGCAGGACCUGCCGCCGGAGGGUACCGAUCCCAAUAAGACAAUUUUUGGUUGGUGCUACAAGGAGAAAUUAAAGCGAUUCGAGGAGGAAAGUAGUGCCGUGAUUAUUGAUAUUAUGGAGAACAAUAAAUCAGAAAAUACUUUAGACGAACUCAAAUUCUACGUAGACUUGGGAGAACUUAUACGAUUGGUAGAGGUCCUAAUUAAGGAUGUCUCUUCAGAUUCAGAAUAUAAUCAGCUGGCUAAAUUUAAUAAUGCAAUCUCAAACACUACAAUGGAUAUCGACAAGAUUAUCGCAUUGCCCUAUGAAACCCAAAUGGCUGUCUACAAAGAAUUGUUUGAGGAGAGCCGCAAAAAGAAUCGGAGGUUCCACAAUGAACAUUUGGCGAGAAAGCAGCUUAAACUCAGUAAAAUCGAAUCCGAACUCUAUAACCUGAGUCCCAUAGCCACACGAUAUAAAAUAAAUUGGGUUUACGAUAGAGCAGAACAAGCUCAAUUCUAUUGCGAUCAGCGUUGCAAGAACUACCAAGACAAGCUUGAAAAAAUCAGAGAUUUGAGGAGUAAGGAUAUGUCCGUUUGGGAUAGUGUAUAUGGCAAAUAUCGGACCCUGAUUGAAUCUUAUAAACAACAAAUCCUUUCGGUUCAGCAGGAGUUUGAAAAUGAUAUGGAAACGGCAGAGAAUAUGGUACAAAUCACUCGCAAUCGAGUUAACAAGUGCAAGGACGAUCUUAGCCAUGCCCAGGAAACUGUUAAAAUGUUUAAGAGAAGAGUUCAAGAGGUCCUCGACAAAAUAGCUGAGCAAAAAGAGCUGGAACGUAUCGCCGCCGAGAAAUUAGAAGCCAAAAUUGUCAAUAAGUCGGAUAAGAAAAGGAAAAACAAGAAAGGAUGAAAUCAAUAUUCGUAUCGAUUUUAAAACGAUUUCAUACCUUUUUACUCAAAAAUAUGUGUAUGAAUUCGCAAUGCUUGAUAAACGAAAAUAAAUAAUUAAAAUUGUUA